AUGAAGGUCUUCAUCUUUGCCUGCCUUGUGGCACUUGCUCUUGCAAGUGAGUUCUUUUAUUUCUUUUUACAAAAGGAAUCACUCAGCAUAUCCUCCGAGGAAUCUACUGAAAAUAUCAGUGAGAAAAUUCAGAUGGCGGGACAAAUGGAACAGCUGCAAGCAAAGGGUGUGCUCCAGAACAAAGUUCACCCCUUUGUCCAGUCACAGCCUCAGGGCUUUCCUUACGAACAGCCCAUCUCUUGCACUCCCCUUGCACAAAACGCCCAGUCUAUUGCUCAAGCCUCUGUGGUGCCUUCUCUUGGGCCUGUCAUUUCUCCUGAAGUGGAAGCUCUCCUAAAAGCUAAAGCCGCCAUCCUUCCCAAGCACAAAGUCAUAUCCUCUCUUAACUCUGAAGCUGUGCUCUCUCGGUUUAACCCUCAAGUUCUCAGUCCUGCUACUCUUGCAAACCAGCACAUUCCUCAGUCUCAGGUUCAGCUCCUGGCUCAAGUCCUUCAGGCUUUCCCUCAGACUCCCAUCGUUUCUUCUCAAUCCCAGCUGUCUCUUCCUCAGUCCAAAGCUCUUUACCUUCUCCAGCAAGUAGCGCCCUUCCUUCAAAGAGAUAUGCCUUCCCAAACUCUCCUGCAAUACCUAGACCUUCUGCUUAACCCCAUCCCCCAGUUCUCUGCCAAUGGACCAUCUCGUCCCAUCACUGAGUCUCACAAAAUCAUCAAGAUAACAGCCAUAGUGUUUGAAGAGGACCUGGUGCAGACCCCUGCAGGCUCCAUGGUUGAUGCUUCAGUCUCUGUGAGCCCAUUUGAGCCCUGUUUAGUUCAUUCAGUGGACCAUGUUCUCCUGGUGUUCUUCAUCCCCUCGGACUCCUAUAAUCCUUACUCUCCCUCUUCUGUGGGGCUCCCCAAAGUCUGA